AUGACGCAAAGACAUCUGGCGCACACGAUGUUUACAAAGCCGGGCGUGGAGAAACAGGACUUGCCUGUCAACAUUGAGCUCUACGGUCUUCUACUCAAGUACAUGAACGCAGCUCGAACAGAUGCGUCGCUUCAGAGACAUUUUCAGGAGCACGUGCAAGCAGGCAAAAAGAUCGAUCCUGAGCUAUUGCUAGAGAUUGUGUCUCUGGCGGCAACGCACAUCAAACCUGAAGCAGACGCGCAACUUGCGUAUCUGCUUACGCAAGGCGAGAUCAAGUAUGCGCUGCUCCCGAGUGGAGACAGUGACCUAGCUGUCUACGGUCAGCCCGAAGUCGUAUUCAACUAUGAACUCCUGGGUGACACGCGAUCCCGAGCACUCGGCACGGUGCCGUCAUCAACCAAGAUGACGACACGACACAUGCCUGCAUGUUGA